AUGGCAAACGAUCCUUUGAUUGUACCCACUGUCCUCCCUUCUGGGUCCCUUCACUUUGCGUCCGUCAACUCUGAUAGCACCAUCCAGGACGUGAUUGAGCGUCUCAUUGCCCUUGAUGAGGUGACAACGGACGUCCUUGGGGAUCUUCACCCCCAUGGGUGGGGGAUUCAGAGAAUUCGAACAGAGAAGCAUGGUCGUCGAUGGGAAGAGGAAGAGCUAGAAUCUUUGGGCGACGGUAUAGCGCCCCCAUCGACACCGGUUGCGCUUUUAAUGAACGACGCACCUUCAGAUCCAUCCUCUGAACGCCAGUUCUCGACUUUCGCGUUGACAUUGCACCUCCAUUCUCCCUCCCUCCGACUCGUGUCCUUUCACCCAGCUCUAUCCUUGACCGUGACCUUCCUCCGUGUACCGGAGAUACACGACGGCUUUCACUUCAAAUCCUUCGUGUCAAGGUUUAGUACAGUGCAAGAUACGAUCAAUGCUGUGGCUGAGGAGCUUGGACUCACAAAGUCGCUUCCUGUCCCUGGCGGAGGUACACUAGAGUACGCUCUGGAAGAGGUCUGGAACGAGGGCGAUACAGAAAAAUCGUCGAGAUUGUCUGGAAGUUCCGUGAUUUCCGUGGUUCUGGACACACCAAACAUCCCCAGUCUUUUCACUGCGAACGCGAAGAGGACAUUCCGUUACGUCGUUCCCGACGAGUGGUAUCGUCGUUCCAAAUCCCGAUCUUUGUCUUCGGUAACUCGUGAACCUUCAGUAUCAACUUUGAAAAAAGUUCAAGAUCCCUUUUCCUCCGAGGACGAAGACGAGGGAACAGCCAAGAAGAAAGACGUUUCAUCACCUCAGCCAGUUGGAAGUGGUCAGUCGGACUGGAGAAGCUCUUUAUCUCCCAGUCGGUUCUCCAGUAUUUUCGAGGGUUGGGUUCGUCCUGCCACACCUACAUCACCUACGAAGGCGGCCGCUGUGAUGACUCCGAGUGUGAGUGAGCCUACCCUCGUUCGACGUACGUCGAAUGCCGGAACUGGCUCUAGUCGAAGAGAUGAUGUCAUCGGCGAUGAAGACCUCGACACUCAAGACUUCGAGGAGAUGCUGAACGAUCUGGGUCUGAAGGGGCCUCAGCGAGACGCGAUGCAACAUUUACCGUCAGACCGAAAGAGAUAUCUACUCGAGCAACAUCGGUUAUCUCGUAUGGCGUCCCUCUCGAAAGCGCGGACAUCGGCGAUACAGCAGCCAUCGUUCUCUGCUACCUACGGUCCAUCUGGUGCUACCAGUAUGCUUACGCGAAUCGCUCAGGCUCACAAGACAGUAGAGGAAGCGCAGCCACUUCAACCGCAGACCACUGGCGGUCUUUGGUCCAGUUGGUUCAGGUCGGCAGGUGGGGAUAAGGGAUCAAUGUCGCUGAAAGAAGACCAGACCCCCAAGUGGUACGUAGAUGUCAUCCGGUUGGGCAGGGCGAUGGAUACCAAGCUAGUGAAGCACUUGAUUUCCUUGCGCAUUCAUUUGUCCACGGCUAAUUUGGCGUGGACCAACGAGUUCGUAGAAGAAGAGACCGGGCUCCAGGUAUUGGGGAGUGUGCUGGCCAGACUCGUUUCUAAAGGCGGCAAGAGAAAGGUAUUGAGCGACGUUGAAGAGUCAGUUUUGCUCGAGUUGAUCAAAUGUUUGAGAGUACUUCUCAAUACAGAGGCGGGGUUUGAGCAAGUGCUGUCUUCGCCCACUAUUGUGACACAUAUUGCCUAUUCCCUUCAUCAUUCUUCCUUCAAGCUUCGCUCCCUAGUCUCUGACCUUCUCGCUGCGAUAUGCGUUCUUUCUCUGCCGGACGGUCACAAAGCGGUCCUUGCGGCUAUGUCGGAUUAUAGAAUCGCCUUCGAUGAGGCCUUCCGAUUUGAAGAUCUCAUAUCUUCCUUGCGGUUGUCAUUGACAGAUACCGACAGCAGCGGAAGUGACUUAGCCUUCGACCGCCGUACCGAAGACAACGGUGCAUGGGAAGCUCGUACUGCUUCAAUGGUACUUGUCAACGCUCUCACAAACUGUCCUGAAUCUCUCGAAGAACGUAUCUUUCUUCGAGAGGAAUUUGGACGGCGCGGCCUCAAUGAAGUGAUCGUUACACUUCGAUACAUUAAGCCACCAGAUAUGAUGGUAACGCAACUCGAUGUCUACACAGAAGAGAAAUUUGAAGACGAGGAAGACAUGCGAGAAAGAGCCGUAAGCCUCAUGGAACACGGACAUGAACGAUCAAUCUCCGAUUCAGAGGCUGCUGUUGAAGAAUUGGUCUCUCUCUCUAAGCAACAUGUUGAUAUCCACUCAAAGAUCGUCGGUAUUUUAAAGGAUUAUGCAGUCAUUUUGAAAAGAGAGAUGGAUGUUGACGAAAGCUGGCAGCUUCUCCUGAAGGACUUCGCCGUAUCUAUACAGCACAUCACCGGCCAAACCUUCGAUGAAAAGGACGCUACAAGGCCAGAUUCUGGCGUCGUUUUUGAACAAAUAUUGGAGAAUCUGCACCACGAAAUCGAAGAGUUAACCAGAGAGCGUGCCAUCCUUCGCGAUGAGCUUCAUCAGCGGACUGCUGAACUCAAUACAUUGAAGUCAUCUCCUCCGAGCGUCUCUUCUCCCCACGCACAAGAGAAUUUUCAAGGCCUCGUUCAGCGGCUUGUUCAGAAGGAAAAGCAAGUUCUACAAUUGCAGUCGGAGCUGGACAAGCUCAAAGCACAGAAUCCAAGCGAGGGAAGGGAGCAGGAUGAGCGUAUCAAACGAGAUCGUGAAAAGGCAAAGUGGAAUAAUCUGAUGGACGAAAUUGCACAGUACAAGAUCAAGGUCAGCGAACUCGAAAGCUCGUCAAUCGCGAAAGACAAAGAGGGAUUGUAUCUCAAACGUGCACUGGAGUCGGUCUAUUCUCGAUUCAGAUCGAAACAAGAGGGGCGAGACUUAGACGCAGAUGUGGAUGCGCAACAAAUGGCUGCUCGGGCAAUCGAAAGCCUCACCCAGAGAGAUGAAGAAAUGUCAACUUUGUUGAAGGAAAACGCUGAACUCAAGGUCCAGUUGGCUGCCAAACCUCGUUUCAUCACAGAGGGGGAUUUUAAAUCUUCAGUUGCUCCUCCGGCACCGCCCCCUCCGACUCGUCCUCCAACUCUACCUCCACCUCCACCUCCAAAGCCGACCGGAGCUGCUGGUUCACUCGUCCUGCCUCAGACUGUGAAUGCUAUUGCCUCUGAUACGCGACCAUCGUCGUCAUCAUCAUCGCCACCGCCACCGCCACCGCCGCCACUACCACCACCACUUGCCUCUACCGCUGCUUCGCCACCGCCACCGCCACCACCACCGCCGCCGCCGCCGCCGCCGCCAGGGAUGCGGGCGGCCACUAACAACCUUCCCUAUAUCUCUCAGGUACAUACGGCAGGUCCUCCUCCCCCUCCUCCUCCUCCGCCACCGCCGCCGCCAUUGCCGUCUUCUCCUUUUGGGGAUUCGGGUGCUCCACGAUCUCCUGCACCUCCGCCGCCUCCGCCGCCUCCACCACCUAGCGCGUUCCGAACGCCUAAAUCUAAAGCAGUUGUUCCAAAGCGCCUCAAACCUUUCUUCUGGAACAAGCUAGAGUCUAUCAAUCUUACAUCUAGCGUGUGGAAUGAGCUUUCUUCCGUACCUACUUUUCACAUGGAUGAUCUAGAAAAUACUUUUGCUAUGGACAACAUGAGCUCGACGCUAAUUCCUGUAUCAGACCAUAAGGCGGGGAAACAGUCAAUAACAACGCUUCUGGACAUCACUCGUGCAAAUCACGUUGCCAUCAUGCUUUCCAGAAUCAAGAUGGGGCUUCCAGAGAUUCGGAAGGCGUUACUGGACGUUGAUGAUGCGAAGUUAUCAAUUGACGACUUGAAAGCCAUCAGCAAACAACUUCCGACAUCCGAAGAAAUCAUUAGGCUUAGGGGAUGUGAUGAUAUCGGGAAACUUGCGAAGGCCGACCAAUACUUUCACCAGAUUAUGACUAUCCCUCGACUAUCAGAGCGUCUAGAGUGCAUGAUCUUCCGGCGACGUCUGGAGUUGGAGAUCGAAGAAAUCAGACCGGAACUGAACAUUCUUCGCAGUGCAUCCCGUGAAGUGCGGUCGUCAAUCAGGUUCAAAGGUGUUCUUCAAGCUGUCCUCGCUAUCGGUAAUGCCCUCAAUAGUUCGAGUUUCCGCGGUGGUGCGCGAGGCUUUAAGCUGGAUGCUCUCUUGAAGAUGCGGGAAACGAAAACGGUCAAAGGAUCCGAUUGUCCCACUCUGCUGCAUUACCUUGCUCGUUUACUCCUUCGAACCGACUCCAUGAUGAUAAACUUCAUUGAAGAGAUGCCGCAUCUAGAAGCCGCUGCACGAGUCUCAGUUCAAAGUAUCGUUGCGUCGAUAUUGGCACUUACCAACGGUCUCAACCAAGUCAAUGAAGAGGUCAAAAAUGUGGAACUGCUACGCCUGACAAAUGACCAUUUUGUUCAAGUGAUGCGGCCUUUUGUAGGUGAAAACACGCAAAGUAUAGAUGCCAUGAAGAAGAUGGGAUCUGCACUAGACAUCGAUCUCCGGUCUUUGCUUGCCUACUACGGCGAAGCCCCGGAUUCCCCUGAAACACCUAAGCCAGAGGAUCUCUUUGCCCUCAUAUUAUCUUUCUCGUCGUCCUUGCAGGUGAUUGAUCACUCAAUAUAUAACGUCGAGCUUACACUGACGGUGUGCCUACAGAAAGCUGCAUUGGAGGUGCACGAUGCCGAGACGAAGAUCAUGGUAUCAUCGCCUAGCAUCGUAGUAAACCAACAGGAGCCAGAAGAGCUGGUAAGGCUUUAUUCACCUAUUCCACCAUUCCCGAUGCCUUAUACAUUCCCUCAGACGAUCAAGGGAAGCAAAGAGCAAACGGAUUAUUUUCCAGCUUCUCAGGGUCGUACGGGAGGCCUACAUUCUGUUGGACGGGGCGAAGUGGACCAGGCCAUUCGCAGCAUGCGCGAUGGCAAGCGCAGGGCAAGGCCGCAUCGCCCCGUCAACAAAAUAUUUUUCGACGGCGGUAGGCCAUAG